AUGGAUCAUACAAAUACAUCUUUGGAUGAUAUUCAAAUUGAUGAACAACACGAACAAACACAAGAAGAAUUAAAUGAAAACAAUGUUCAACCUCUCUCAAUCGCUCCAACAAUUGGAAUGGUUUUUGAAACUGUAAAUGAAGUGAAGUUAUUUUAUAGACAAUAUGCAAUAUCAAAGGGUUUUGGAAUUCGUACAAGGAGUUCAAGGAAGAACAACGAGAACGAAUUAUGUUACUUCAUGAUGGUGUGUUCUAGGGCUGGAAAAUAUGUCUCCGCCAUUCAAAAUGAAAUGACUGGACGUCCAACAUGUGCUAAUGACUGUUCAGCUCGAAUGAUUGUAUCAAAAAGAGAUGAUAAAUGGUACAUUUCAGGAUUUGAUGAUGUACAUACUCAUGAUCUUAGUCCAACAAAGUCCAGAUUGUUCCGAGGCAAUAAAAGAAUGAAUCUCAACGUCAAAAGAACUCUAGACUUGAAUGCCGAAGCAGGAGUUAGGAUUAACAAGAGUUUUCGUUCCUUGGUUUGUGCAACUGGAGGUUAUGAGAACAUGGAGUUUGUCGAACACGAUGUUAGAAAUUAUGUGGCCAAACAAAGAAGAGCCUUAUCAAAAGAUGAUGAUGCUAAGACACUCUUAAAUCAUUUCUCUUCCAUGAGAGAAUUAAAUAAGGAUUUUUUUUACGACAUUGAUGUGGAUGACGACAACCGCAUACUUAAUGUGUUUUGGGCUGAUGCACGAAGUAGGGCAGCUUGUGAGUAUUUUGGUGAUGUCAUUUCUUUUGACACAACAUACUUAACGAAUAAGUACGACAUGCCAUUUGCUCCUUUCGUUGGUGUUAACCAUCAUGGCCAAUCUAUAUUGUUAGGUUGUGGUUUGUUAUGUUCAGAGGACACAGAUUCAUUUGUUUGGCUAUUUAAUUCAUGGCUUCGGUGCAUGUCCAAUAGACCACCCGAAGGAAUUGUUACGGAUCAGUGCAAAGCAAUGAAGAAAGCCAUUUCUUUAGUGUUUCCUAACACUCGUCAUAGGUGGUGCUUAUGGCAUAUAAUGAAAAAAAUACCUGAGAAGUUACAGAGUUAUGCAGCUUACAAAGAUAUCAAGCGCGAACUUAAGCAAGUUGUGUACAAUUCUGAUUCAGUUGAUAAUUUUGUUUAUGGAUGGGAGAGGAUGAUAACAACCUUUUCACUUCACAAGAAUGAAUGA